CAGCUUCGGUUUUUUCCGUAGGGGUGGUGGCCGCCGCUGCUGUUUUGCUUCAGAGCUCUCAGAUCAGCCCACGAAAGCAUGGGAAUGUUGCGAGGGAAUUUCUAAGUAAACUCGCGUGUAAGUCCCGGAUAAGUUACUGUAAGUGUCUCUCAGGCUUUCACCGACACAGACGAGCCCCCCUGGUCCGUUUGGAGGAUUUUAUCGCGCCGCUGUUGGGACGUUUCAACAGCGAGUAAUCCCGGACAAAGAGACCCGAGCUAACGUUAGCGGCUCCCGGGCUAACUUAGCAUUCCUCUAGCUGCGGCGCAAUGCAGGCCAUAAAGUGUGUCGUUGUCGGAGACGGGUAAGUUCACGAAACGGGCUCUUUGGGUGUGUUUCCCGGCGUGUUGUGUGACUCAAAAGUGGAUGUGGAGUGAAAACGCCCCGGUAGGAACAGCUAACGUUACAGCUCCAGAUUUUUCCUGCCGGGUAAACUUAGCUGUUUGUAACUUCAACAACCUGUUUCCGGAACAUGAGUCAUUUAACUCAACCAUUUUUUUAAAUUUAAGUUGUAUUAAUUUUACAUUUUAAUGGGGGUUAAUAUCUUAAAAUAGUAUAAAAUAUGGUAUUACACCCUGGUUUGAUUCAUGGGCGUCGUAUAGGGGUGGUGGGGGGUGGACUGACCACCCAGAAAGGGCCUGAAAUAUGAGUAAAUUAUUGUCUUAUUGAGUCAAAUUCACAUUUUGACCUUAUUCCUGGAUAUUUUAUUCAAUAAAAGUGACCUUUUUCCCCUGAAGGACCUCUUAAACCCACUUUAAUGGCUCACUCACAUGUCAAGAUUGACCUGAAAGUGCUGAGGUCACUUAAAUGACUCGGACAAAAACUGUCUGUUUAUUACAGGGUGUAUAAUAAUCUGUAUUCCUGUAUGUAUUUUAACAAGCUUAAAGGAAGGUGUGUGAUCAAUAUGACUGCAGAUGUUAUCCAAGAAGGACAACACCCUUCUCUAUAUAUUGAAGACCUCUGGCACAGUUUAGGAUUUUUUUAUUUAUUUUUUAAAUCAAGAAAAAAAAAAACCUAGUUAGUUCGAUCUGAAUAUGACUGGUAGAGGACAGCAUUACGUCGGGUUCUGUACAUCCUGCCAAAGAAGAAGAAGACGCAUCAGCGAAUAGCAAAUUUCAAAUGAUGGAUGCCAAUGGCGAUAUUGGAAGCUUGGCUUGGGCGGAAGAGGCUGGAAAAGAUGGAAAGCCUCACGGUAGCUGGUGCCGAACACUGAAAGAGUCAGUAGCCCCGUUUACAUGGGUCCAAAAAUCCUAUUUACAAUCAGAUUGAAAGGUCAAUCAGAUUCAAAAUGUCUCAAAUAAACACCUUAGCUAAUCUGAUUCACCCGGAUCUGAUUGUAUUUCUGGUCGGAUUGUAAGAGGUAGUCUAAGAUGAUUGAUAAUCUGCUCCAUGCUCCAUAUACGGCUGAGUGGAGCGGAUUGGGUUUACAGAGAGGCUUGUUCGGUUUAGGCAGGCGCUCCAUAGUAUGUAAGAAGCACGUAAUGACGUACGCAGAGCGUGCCCAAACGAAAACAAACAUGGCGAACAAACAAAAUAACUGGACUGUGGAGGAAACAAACUUGUACCACAAAUAAAUGUAACCACAACACGAUGAGCGUGGAAAGAUAUUCACCGAUUCGGAUUCUUGGAUCAAUAACGCUGAGACGAAACGUUGUCUAAACACAAAUGAUGCCUCUAUCAUGUUGCAAUAGCACAGAUUACUAGCUUUUCUUCGAGCUGGAUGAAUUAUACUGAUCUCUAUCGUCUGCAAAUUACGAUACAAGAGCAAGACGUUGCAAACAAAAAUUAAGAACUCCGCUGUUAUACAGUAGAAACCCUAAAAUCACCACACACACCAAGGGACUCUUCAUACUACAACAGCUGUUUUAGGAAAAUGUGCCUUUUUAUAAUUUUGGUGAAUUUUUAUUGUUAUGACUCAUGAAUAUUUGCCCUGUUAAUGGAUGGUUGUAGGGGCACUGGGGUCCAGUUUGAUGUCUUUCUACAGGGUCCAGAAUUCCUCGCCUGUAUACGAGUGAUUUGCUAAUCUCUAACACUAACAUUGUUUCCCUCUUUCUUGAGUGACUCAGACAUCCCUGGCCUACUUAACCACAGUUUCAAUUCAAGUUUGGCAACAGUUACUAAUCGACUAAAAUGUGUCAGUCCUUUAAAUGCGGUCGGUGCGUUUUUCCGUCAUCAAACCGGUGUCAGCUCCUGCGGAUUACAUUGCUAUUCUGCUCAUGUGGCGUGGUCAAAACGAAGAGUAUAAAUCAUUUAUACGGCUCUGUCAGCUUCAGCUAGAGAUUGGUAAAUGAUUACAGUAAUUUUAGCGAGGACCCGGCGUUCAGAAGUGUAACAGCAUGUGGGAGGUAAACACAGUCAUAACUCCAUGUUCAGGGUGUGGUGGAUACCACAGAAGCACAGUCACUGAUGUUGCUUAUGCUGUGUUUGAUUUAUUAUUAAUUUAGUGUUACUAAUGCUCAUCCGCUAAUGCUCUUACAGUAAAGAUGUUUCUCUCCACAAAGAGCAGAAGUAGUGUUCUGGUAUCACUUCCUUUUGUGUUAUUUUUAUCGUGUGAAUAAAUACAGGAAAUCUUAUAAAUGUAAUGUGUGUUUUAUGUACUUCUUACAUCAUGUUACCAGCAAUUCUGACAAUAGGCCUGCAUAGUAUUAAAGAUAGGUGGUAAGCAGAAACAUUGUUCAAUCAUUUAAUAUAAUAAGAUUUAUUGUGAGACUUUGAUCUUAAAUAACCCAGUUUAUGUCGUGUAUCUGCUGUACCUCAUGUUUUACACACUGCCUGUCUUUGCAACAUAUUUCUUCUGAGUCCAAAUGCAGUUUAUUUCAUCGCGAAGUAAUCUGAGUUGAGCUGACAGCAGGCCAAAACACACAUCUCAGUAUAAAUUCUGAGAUGUGUGUUUUUAGUGCAAGUGUUCGUACCAUCAGGACAAUAUAUUUGGAUUUUUGUUAUCUAACCAACUGAAUGGCUGAACUUCAGAAAACUACGACAUAUCUGAGAUUUAAAUGUCAUAUUAUUUUACCUUUUACGUCCUCAUACCAGAAAUUCUCACACUCUUGUUUCUCUAAUCUGUACGUUAACUGUCUUUGUUUUGUUUUGCGAUAAAAGUAAGCUUGUGCUUGUAAUUCAUAAGAUUAUGGGCUGGGCAGAGUUUGGAUUUUAACACUUUCAAACUUCACUUUUAAAGAAAAUAAGAUUCAAAAUUAAGUAGAAAUAUUAUAGAGAGAAAACAGCCUUAGUUGUAAAGUUACUGUUGAUUUGCUCUGUGCUUUAAAAGAGUGAGCCAUAAUUCUUUUAUUCCUUCUCUCCUCCUCCAGUGCUGUGGGUAAGACCUGCCUGCUCAUCAGCUACACCACCAAUGCCUUUCCUGGAGAGUACAUCCCCACAGUGUGAGUAUCUCUGACUGUAGCGUUGUAGAUGAGAAUCAGUCAACUCCUCUGUCUCUUCUACAGCUCCAGCAUAAAUUAAAACUCUUAGAUUAAUUUCAACUUGAAAGUUUGGUCAGAAGUGCUUGUAACCCUCGAUUUAAUAGUGAAUGAAGCAGGGAGUGAUGUUGUCAUGGUUACAUGAAUCGGCUAAACUAGAUUUUAGAGACGUUUGAUAAAAAAGCGAUGAGUCAUUUCAAAAGAAAACAAAAGCACCGACAGAUAAAUUAAUCUCCGACGUCACUGAUGUUUAUCUCACUGGUUGGAUGAUCUCCUCCUUCAGGUUUGAUAACUACUCUGCCAAUGUUAUGGUGGAUGGGAAACCCGUGAACCUGGGCCUUUGGGAUACAGCAGGACAAGAAGAUUAUGACAGACUCCGCCCACUUUCCUACCCACAGACGGUACGAUUAAAAACGAUGCUGCAUUUUCUUUCCCUAUUGUUAUUCUUUUAACGAUGAUGGCGCUCGUAGACAAUCACUUGGGGGGAAUUCUGGUGCCUUCAAACAACGAGGAAGUGAAGCUGAAAGAAAAACACCACACCUCAUGCUCGUCAUAAACGCAGGGUUUAAUGUCUCUGACUGGAAGUGAUAGUAAUGAGCUCUGGUUCCUUUUGUUUUCUUUCUCUCACCAGGAUGUGUUUCUCAUCUGCUUUUCGCUCGUGAGUCCUGCCUCCUUUGAAAACGUCCGUGCCAAGGUGAGUUCAAGCGGAUCGUGUUGAUGAACUGGUUUAAAAGCAUGAAGCAGUUUCAUAAGAGAGGCUGAGUGGGUUUUCCCUGAAGGGUUUUCCCUAAAGAUGAUUUUGACUUGCUGUGUUUCAUACCCGGGAAGUAUUUAGUCAACUUUUUAGGAUUUUGAGCAGUGCUGGUCUGCUUACUCAUGACAUCCGGAUAAAUAACUCCAUUAAAACACACAUUCAGCUCUAAAUAUCUGGUUUCUGUUGCUUUCAGAAAUGUGCAGUUUUUGUGCAGAUGUGAAGCUCCUUUUAGGAUUUUUUUUUGCAAGAACUCGGCUUUCUGUGGCACUGACAGUUAUGAGGUACAAAUAGACACCACUACCUGUGCCACAUUUGACAGGACUCCUGCUUAAAUCAAGGAGUCUUUCUCAAUCUGAACAGACCUCUUUGUUUACUUAAAGCUCCUGCGUGGAACUUUGAGUUUGUUUAAAAUUUGGCGCCCUCUGUGGUCAAAGCUGUCUUUGUUUAUCUUGUCCUCUGCAUGCUCAAGAAGUGACUUUUGAAGUUCAUUUAUUGUGAGUAAUUUAUGCGGGAAUACUGAACAGUGCUGUUUCUGGGAAUUCUAGGAAUGGGAAUUGAUCAGAUUUUAUCUAUAGCGAUGAUCAAACGACAAACUAUUUGUACAGCAUUUCAGUGUUUCCCCCAGAACUUUUUGUUGUCGUUGUUACCCCCACUCUCUUGCCGCUCCAGGAGCUACGCUGUUAAAUUCACGUCACUUUACCUGUGCUACUCGCUAUACAGACCGUGUAUAAUCUUAAAGGUUACCCUUCACAUCAGUGGAAGAGGGUCCGACAGGAUUUGAUGCGAAAACAAGUCGAAAAUAACGUCUUGUGUUGCUGUGCUCACACAGUGCGAGUAGAAAUCAUUUAGCCGUGGCAGUGCACCACGAUCAAUUGCAUGUUGGGGAAACCCUGUAUUUACUUUGGCUGGUUUUAAGUCAAAUACAUAAUAUGACUCGACAAACGUUGAACGUCGUGCUGUUGUCGUCUUUCUUAGUAAAAUGAAGCCACGCUUUCGAUCGUUUCUGCUGACUUUUCGUACCUUCUGCCAAGAAUCGUUGAAGGAAUCGUUAAGAUAAAAUGUCUACAAUGUCGAUGGAUUCAACCAUUUGGAACCAGUUCUCAACAUGAACCGGUUCUCGAUUCCCAUCCCUACUGCUAAUGGUCUUGUUGCAUUAAUUUCAGUCCAUUUCUCAAACAUCAAAACAGCAAAGAUUCAUGUGUUGAUACACAUGAACCUCUUACUCCUGUGAACCUCAGACCUCUUUUUGGAAAAAGUCUGGACCUGACCCUAAAAGGCCAAAACCUGCAGCACAGUACACCCUAACAAAAACAGGUUUGGAAAUCGAUCCCCUCCUAACAUCUCUGAGUUGUGGUCUCUGCAGUGGUACCCUGAGGUGAGACACCAUUGUCCCAACACUCCCAUCAUCCUGGUGGGCACUAAGCUGGAUUUAAGAGAUGACAAGGACACAACGGAGAAGCUGAGGGAGAAGAAACUCUCUCCUAUCACAUAUCCACAAGGACUAGCGAUGGCGAAAGAAAUCGGUAAGGACGCCUCCAAACCUACCGAGCUCUUCCUGUUGUUUCUUUAAAGCCUGUUGAACCCUAAACAAAGUGACAUUUUCUGUUUGCUGUUCUCAGGUUCUGUCAAGUAUCUAGAGUGCUCAGCCCUGACUCAGCGUGGCCUUAAAACUGUGUUCGACGAGGCCAUCCGGGCCGUCCUCUGCCCUCAGCCCGUCAAGAAGAAUCGCAAGAAGUGCGCUCUCCUCUAAGACUUCCUCCUCUGGCGCGGUGACAGGGGGAGCGCGAGCGGUAACGGUGAGGGUGGCGAAAGACACAGGAGAAACACACCAGUAUACACAAGAAAACAAUGUACUACAGAUUCUUUCCUUCCAUUAGUGUAGCUACAGCUGAUCAUUUCCAUUCAAGACGUCAUGGGCGCAGAUUUAGGAGAGUCCUUUACCAACUUCAUAUACUGUAUAGACGAGGAAAAUGCAACUCUUGAGGCCUUCUUAAAUAUAGAUUGGAUGUUUUUGUAAAAAAAAAAAAAAAAAAAUGACCGUGGAAUGUUUUCAAUUUGUUCUUCCACUGGUUGUCCACUUCCUCUUCUCCUUCUUUAUUUUUGUUUACAGUCUUGUGUUUGUUUUUUAAUGGAAGAAAUAUUGCCAAAUGCUUUCUGCAUACGUGCUGUAAUUACGCAGAAAAAGACAAGUUUUGUUUCCACCGUCUCGAACCUUUAAACCUUCAGAACAUAGCUGACAUUUCGCUGUUGUGUGUCGCUUUUGCGUUCCGCUCAUAGUUCACCGCGAUUUUAAUCAUUCUCGGUUUUCAUUUCUCGAGGGCUGUCAUGAGUCACCAAUCACUAAGGAACUCAUAGCAACCACCCAUGAGGUUCAUUCCUUCUCUUCACUACUGCUAGUCUUUAUGAAGCCAGGUUGUGCUGGUAAAGUCAUCUACACUCGUGGAUUGAACGACACCUGAAUCAUACUGGAAACGCAGAACGGGAACAGAUCUUUGGACACCAACAGUGCUAUUAACUAACCUCCCCCUAAAAAUCGACACGACCCAGUAUUUUACGUGUUUAGCUUCGACCUGUCAGGAUAACCGUAUUUUUCUGUCCCUCUAAGUGUCUCGACUGUGUAGCUGCCCGGGUGUGCUAAAGCUGAAAGUUUUAUUUUAUAUCAGGCUAGAACUGUUUAGGUGGUGGGGAACAAGAGCACCUUUAAAGCUCUGUGGGCAUUUAUCAAAAAAAAAAAAGAAAUUGUGCAGCACAUUUUUGAUUUCUAACAGCAUCACUACUGGCUAAGCAAUGUCUCUAAAAGGAGCAUCUAUGCCUGCUAAUAACAGAGCUACUGUUGGUUAUGGUGUAGUAUACAGUGUACUCAUCUUUUUGUUAUAAUCAUGUGAUUUGACUAUUUUGUAUUUUUCUUCACAGAAGUUCCACUUCGCUCACUGUAUUGUUAAACUAACACUAUGAAUAUCCUUUGUUUAUUACCUCUACAGUUAACGCUACCUUAAUCUCCAUACAAGCCUAGCUUUUUGUAAUUAAUGCUGAUAGCAUGUAUGUGCAACAUAUACUGAAAACUAAGAUUAGAAAUGCUACAGUUAUAUUUUUUGCCUAUUUACAAAAUGUAUUUGAACUACUAGAUCAGGGGGUUAAGUACAUGUUGCUCAUCUGUAAUGUAUUCAGACAUCAAGCUGUGCUUUAAUUCAAGCCAAUGUUGUGACUCCUUAGUUUUAUGGAUAAAAAGCUGUUGUCACUUUUUGAAAAAGCCAAUAAAUCAAGUAAAAACACUACUCUGC